AUGCUGGAUGAUCGUGCGGAUGACAAUGCGACUAUCAACACAGAUGUUGUCUCAUUUUGCGUCUCUCCUCAACACCCUCGUUCUUCCACCUCCCACACCUUGAACUUGAACCAGGUGAUGAACCAUGGCAGACAAGAAUCUACCUCGCCUCCGGAUACUGAAUAUGACUUCAUUCUUGAAUUCUUAAACGGCCUCAAGCCAUUCGCCAUCAGACUACAAGAAACCAUCAUGCCAAACCCUUCCACUCUUCCUCUUCCUCCUUCUUCUCUACCACCACCACAUAGCGCGGCAUCAAUGCCAGGCACAUUUCCCAUGGCCAAAGUGCCAUCAUUUGCAACUCGACGGGCAGCAUGCACUCACCUCACAAUGGAACGGCUGUACGGGGAUUUCACGUGCAACGUCUGCUCGCGUUUCUCCAGUUUCGGCUGGGUGUACUGCUGCACGCAAGACGAUGUUCCAGAAUCUCAAGUCACACCUGACUCCAUCUCAGAAAUCUCAAGCCCGCCUCAUCAACACAUCAAUGGCAGCCGGGGGCAGGCAAGCAGUGUUAACGAUCUGUCAAUGCCACCGCCAGCAGUCAACGAGGACCCGAGACUUGGAGUGGAGGACGCGCGAAUUCCCACUGCCCAGCUCAGUCCAUGGAUCGAGAAGGCCAUCAAGGACGGUCAUUACACGCCAGAGCAGGUCGCUAAGCUAAGAGCACAGAAGCAGCAUGUGGUGGACACUGCCAGGGCGGCAAUCGACCAAUUCGAGCAAAGCCAGACAAACAACAGCAAUUCUCCACCUCAAACACCAACUACGCUGCAGUCUGUCGACGCGAAUCCACAUCUACCAUUUCCCAUUAUCAACGAAGUCCAGGACCCAUCGACUACCAGUUCUUCCGCGGUCAACGUAGCACUGGCUCAGCGACCGAAAAUGAGAAUGUUCCCUUUCUGUAAAUUCUGCGCCUGCCAGCUUUGCAGACCUACCCAUCGUGAUCGUGCCUGGCAACACUUUGACGAUGUGUUCGAAAAAGAUGAAGAGAUCCCAUUCAUUCACUACGAGGAUAGCAAUCGACCAUUGGCAAGCGCGUCUAUCAUGAGUAAAAUUGGCCUACGUCCACCACGGCUACCAAAGCGCCCACUCCUACGAUCACUUGACAGCAGGGCUCUCUAUUCGCGUAACGAAGCCGGCCAAGUCGUUUUCAAUAACAACAGCGGAUCUUAUCACAAGUCGGCUGAUCCCACUAGCUCAUCCCCGGACAUUGCAGACACGAAGGUCGGGCUCGAAAGCAAAGGCUUCCGAGAGAGCAUGAAGCGUGCGUUUAAAAGUAUGCUGAUGACGCGCCACCCCAGCUCUCGUUCGAUUAGGAAGCGCAAGCUUAGCGAGGGAACAGACACUACGGAAGAGGAUGCGGUCGAGUUUGACAUGGGUCUGUGGAAGGAGCUAAACGAUGAGCUCCUCAAAGAGGCUUCUGGUGUUCCCCUUCCAGAGAAGGACAGCAUUGAAGGAUUGCGCAAGGAAGUUGCCGGGAUGGGUGUGGGAGGUUUGGGAGGGGUAGCUGUCACGGAGGAAGCUGCUGAUUUGGGGACGGUGGAUGUUAUCAUGUCGGUAUGA